CUUUUUCCUGUUGCUUGUCUAGAAUGUUAAAAAGGCUUAAAAAUUGGCGAAACCAUAGUCGCCUACUCUUUGAUCAGUUUUUAUUUGCUCGAGGGCUAAAAAGAUUAGUGACUAACCGAGAAGCACAUUUCUUGCGUUUCUCUGUAUAAAUAGACCAACAAAACAUGGUUUGGCCUUCAUUUACUUUAGAGUUCUCUCUCGCUAAACUCAUCAUGCUCGUUGUAGCCAGAAUUGAAGGUGGACUCAAACGAGUCAAUCAUGCUGUUGUCGCUGUGAAUGGACACAUUUAUUCAUUCGGUGGAUUGGCCGGUACCGAUGACUAUUCCUACGAGCGACCAAUUGUUGUCUACACCCUUGACAUGCACACAUUAAGAUGGGAAGAGAUCCAAUACUCUGAUGGAGGAGAUCCUGCAAAUGUUCCGUGUAUAAGAUAUGGUCAUUCUGUAGUUGCACAAGACGACAUUAUUUAUCUGUGGGGUGGUUGCCGAGACUAUGUUCCAUGCAACAAAAUUUUCAUGUUUGAUACAAACAGGCGCUCUUGGUUAGCCAAUGAAGUUACAGGGACGAUUCCAGGAGCUCGAAUGGAUCACACUGCAUGUACAUCUGGAGGAUUUAUGUACGUUUUCGGAGGGUUUGAGGAAGAGAGACAUCAAUUUGCCAAUACUGUUUUCCGUUUUGAAUUUAAAACUUGUACAUGGCAACAUUUAAAUCAGCUAAAUUCUUACUUACUGGCAAAACAUUUCAUGACAUGUGUGACAAUUGACAAUAAAAUUUUCCUUUUUGGUGGCCGCUCAUUGAGGUGUCCGUUUUAUGACAAUGAUAUUAUGGAACUGGAUACUGAGAAGAUGACCUUAUCUAAACUAGCAAUUGCCGGAUACAAGCCGUACGCUAGAAGUAACCAUUCAGCUGUAGUGAUUAACAACAAGAUGAUGAUCUUCGGUGGUUACAACGACAUUACUUAUGAACAUUACGACGACUUUAAUGUCUUUGAUCCUAAAACCUAUUCAUGGACAUCUGUAAAUACUAUCGGACAGGAGCCUCCCCGUGCUCGACAGGGAAAUUGUUGUGUUGCUGUAAACUCGUUUCUCUACCUUUUCGGAGGAAGAUGCCCAGAGCCAAAAACCAGAAAAGAUCAAGCAGAUCAGUUAAUGGAGCUGGAUGAUCUAUUCGUUAUUGAUACGGACAGAAGUUUGUGCUCUAUGGCAUUACAAGUUGUAUUAAAAAAUGAUUUAGACACUAGAAGACUUCCUCCUACUCUAAGACGAGAGGUUGAAAGCUAUCGUACUGAUAACAAACUCCAAUGUACCCAGCUCAAUGCUCAAUAAACGUAUAAUAAUAAUUAUAAA